ACAUAUCGCAAGUGUUUAAGUUGAUGAGGUUGAAUUCGAUUGGUGUUCGGAGAUACCACGAUCGGAAGACAACUUUUAAAACUGAGCCAAACAUCUUUAAUAGGAGUUUGAAGAACGACAAUGGACGACCGGUUCGAAUCGAGUGAUGAAACAGAUGAUGUCUCGCAGACUGGGGAAAUGAAGACAGCAGACAAACUGCCUUUUAGUAUUAAAAGUAUCUUAAGCAGGCCAGAUGCAUAUAAAGAAGAAGAGGACAAUGCACACAAAUUUAAUAGGCCAUCAUUUUCGUUCAUACACGUUCCUCAGAUAGGCCUCACUCAACCAGUUACAAGUGCUAAUACAUUUAACUGUGCUGCUGUAAUUCGUGUACCUGCACACCGACCGACUCCCAGCCUACAGAUCCCGUUCCCGGCUGUUUUUCCGUGGAUGGAAAGCAGACGAUUAGCAAAGGAAAGACUAACAGUAACUCGUCGGAUAGGUCACCCAUACCAAAACAGAACUCCACCGAAAAGAAAAAAACCACGAACCUCGUUCUCAAGACUCCAGAUCUGUGAGUUGGAGAAGCGUUUUCACAGGCAGAAAUACUUGGCAUCAGCCGAAAGAGCAUCACUGGCGAAAGCACUGAAAAUGACCGACGCCCAAGUUAAAACAUGGUUCCAAAACAGAAGGACAAAAUGGAGACGACAAACGGCAGAAGAGCGAGAAGCUGAACGACAAGCAGCCGCACGAUUCGUCUUCAACCUUCAACAUGAAGCGAUGAUCAAGCAGCUUCAAGAGCCCUCUACGGCCGACACUGUCUGCGUUCAUAACAGCUCACUGAACGCGUUACAGAGCAUUCAACCCUGGAGCGACAGCUCAGCCAAAGCAGCAACUGAUAUGGCACGCUCAUCACCUACAUCACCUUCAACAUGAAACAUAAUACAUACAAUAUAUUAAAUAUAAUAAACUUAUUUCCAAUAUGUGUGUGUGGAAAAUUAGUCGGUAGAUCCACUGUGAUAACACAUUUAGAACUUCAUCAAAAUCUAAGAUGGUAAAGCGGUGGACUUAAGAAAGCCAAAAUCCACAAACGAAUCAUUCCAUCAUCACUCCAUUAAGAGAAAUGGUGCAGGCCUAUAUUUAACAAUUAUCUACCGGCACAAGCUUAUCUUCCACUCCUAACGAAGAUCGUGUACCAAGAGAUUGGCCUACUUGGCGCUUCAUACGCGAGAGGCUCAGAUAUGCGGUCCUCCUGAGUACCAACACGAUGGAAAAAAACACUACAAAAGUGGCAGCAAGAUUAAUGGACCAAACGACGAGUCUUAUGACAUUAUUAUUAUUUAUAAUUGUUACUUAAUAUUGAUUUAUUUUUUUUAUACAUAUAUAUUUUUCAAAAAAUGGCAAUCCGGAAAUCCAAUCCGGAAAUUUUAGUCAGGUAAAAAACGUAUAACCAUAAAGCAUAAUUCUAAACAAAUAUUCUUUUGUUUUAUCGUCUUCUAACUUUGGAUAAUUCACGUAACGUGUAAUGUGUUACUGAAUCGAUUCAGCAAUAUUACUUAUAAUGUUUACGUAUGCGACUCAGAUAGCCUAUAUAGACCUUCGUUUGCAGUCAACUGCUAAACUGCAGCAAGAAGAGUGCACAGUAGAUUUAAUUACGGAAACUAGGUUUAUUAUUAUAAACAAUGUUUAUUUCUCUCUUUUAAUAGUCCUACUAUAGAAAUAAUGUUGAAAGUACGUUAUUCUGUGCAAUGUCUCAGCUUAGUUUAAAUUUCUCUGUAUUUCUUCAUGGUUUAUAACCAUAUAGUUUGUUCUUGUCUUCACGAUUUAAUUCCAGUUCUCCAUAGAAUAGGCCUGAAAUACGCUAAGUAGAUAUCUCUACAAGUACCGCGUAUACACAAACUUUCCGAUGUUUUUGUUUGUUUUUAGAGUAAACAAAUGCGUACUUUUAGAAAAGUUCGCAUCCCAAAAAAAUCACUCCGCUGACGAAUUUAUUUACCGAAUAGAAAAAUAUAUUACAAUAAUCAAUUAAACAAGAAAUAAAUCAAGUAUCGGCUGUGAGUUCUAUGCCAAAAAAAGAAUUAGUUGAAAAAAAACAAAAAAAAACAAACAAACAAACAAACAAACAAAAAAACAGGGUAGUGGUAAAAUUAUGGUAUAUCUUACAAAUCAUAAAUUAAGCCCAACCUUGAGUUGACUGUAAACAACUGUGUAAAUAUUUUUAAAGAAAUUCUUUUUUAAGUCAACAAUAUUCGUGGCUGUUGUAUUGCAAGUUCGUCGUUUAAUCAGUAAUAUUACUUACAUCAUAUGUGCAAUUGAAUUUCACUCAAAUAUUUUAUGUUUAUUAUCAUUAUUAUCUUAUCAUCAUCAUCAUUAUUAUAUUAUUAUUAUUUUAAUUGUUAUUACUAUUACUACAUUAACGCUAUCACUCCAUAAUUAUUUUGACUACGGGUUACUUGACUAUGUAGUAUGUUUCAAAUGACGUUAACGAAUUUUAUGUAAAUAAGUUAAUAAUUGUUUAUGUAAUAUGCAUUAACAUGUAUUGUUGCUAAUACUGUAUUCGAAUAUCCAAUAGACCGGCUUAUACAGUAUCACGUGACUCUUACUAAGUGAAUAUUGUGUAAAUAUCAUUAAAGUAUGUAUAAAGAGCUGAAUAAGGUGUGUGGAUCAUUAAUGAAUUAAGUUUGAAACACGCUAUAGGCGUGAUAGCUUUGGCAUAAUUGAAGAAUAUUAAUACAUCCACGCUGUCAAA